ACCUGACAGCAUGACUUAAGAUUGGAAACCGCAAUCAAUAAUUGUAAGCAAUGGCUGCAGAUCUAGCUCAGGAUUCGGCCGCUCUCGCAGCGCACAUCAGCAUGCAGGACCCGGUAGCAAAAUUUUCAUUUCUUCAUGCUCUGGUGGCUGGUGGAGUGGCUGGCGUGGUGGUCGACAUCGCCCUCUUUCCAAUAGACACGGUAAAAACGCGACUCCAAAGUGAAUUGGGCUUCUGGCGUGCCGGCGGCUUCCGUGGGAUCUACAAGGGCCUGGCUCCUGCAGCCACCGGCAGUGCACCUACAGCGGCGCUCUUCUUUUGUGCCUACGAGUGCGGCAAGCAGUUCUUUAGCUCUGUCACUAAUACCAAAGAUUCUCCGUAUGUCCACAUGGCGGCAGCGUCCACAGCAGAAGUGCUGGCGUGCCUUAUUCGCGUACCUGUGGAGAUAGCUAAACAGCGAUCGCAGACUCUGCUGGGCCACAAGCAGCAGCAGUCGGCUUUCCAGAUCCUAAUGCGUGCCUAUCGCACUGAAGGACUGCGUCGUGGUCUUUAUCGUGGCUUUGGCUCAACCAUCAUGCGCGAAAUUCCAUUCAGCUUGAUACAGUUCCCGUUGUGGGAGUACUUUAAACUCCAGUGGACACCAAUAACGGGCUACGAGUCAACGCCAUUAACGGUUGCUCUCUGCGGCGCGGUCGCCGGUGGCAUUUCAGCUGGUCUGACAACUCCGCUGGAUGUGGUGAAGACACGCAUUAUGCUAGCGGAACGGGAGAGCCUCACGCGGCGUCGCAAUGCCUACAGCAUUCUUCACGGCAUUUAUCUGGAACGAGGCUUCAGCGGUCUGUUUGCUGGAUUUGUGCCGCGUGUGCUGUGGAUCACACUUGGCGGGGCAUUCUUCUUUGGAUUCUACGACCUAACAACGCGCCUGUUGGGCGCUACCAAUACUGACCCUUAAAUUAGUGUUAUUAUUGUUAUACCUAAGGCAGAGGCACAUCGAUUGAUUUAGUAUCUAAGCUGAUUUGAUGGAUGACAACCACCAAGUUGGACAAUGUGGACAAUAAAUUGUAUGGAAGUUU